AUGCAAGACGUUUCCAAUCAAGGGUCAACAAGAUUGAAGCCUAAAAGAGCAAAAGGAAAUAGUAUAGAGAUGCCUGGUGGGCGCAUUUUUCGAUCCACAGGAAGAAAGGACCGGCACAGCAAGGUCGGUACUGCUAGAGGUCCGAGGGACAGACGAGUUAGACUAUCACCAAACACUGCUAUCGAGUUCUAUGACGUGCAAGACCGGCUUGGCUAUGACCGUCCCAGUAAAGCCAUUGAUUGGCUAAUGAAGGAGGCAAAAGCUGCUAUUGAUGCUCUUGAGCAUGAUUUUAGCUAUGCUACCACAACCAAUCUUGAUGGUUGCAGCAUUUUGAUGCAACCAAGAAAUCCUCUACCGGAAAAAGGCCUUGAUGUUCAAGAAGAGAGCAGAAUUAACUGCUCAGAAUCUGCAUGUAGAAUUGACAGCCAAGAGUAUAUGAAUAACGAUGAUACCUCCAUCAACAAUUUCAGUUUCUUUUCCAUGGAAAAUGGUGUCAUUCCACCCACAUCCUCACUUGGCUUCUAUAGCUACCCACAUGGUGGUGAUCUUAGUACUUCAAGAAACAAUAAAAGUCAAACACAAGGGCUUUCUCCGUCUUUCCACACUGUCCAAGAUUUCUCUUUUCUUUUUUCUGGUGGUCAACAGGGUCUAAUUCCACCACCCUCCUCCUCAUCACAUUGUCAAGGUGAAAUCAAUUCAGAAACGGCUAGAUGUCAAAGAAUUUUGGCUUGGAAUUCUAAUUCUAGCAAUGCAAAAGGAUCUCAGGAGACUCUAGUCAACUCUGAGCUGCCACUACAUUUUCCAUCACCUUUUGACCAGAAUCAGUUGCUUUUUCACAGGGAACCCCUUCAGUCCAGCUUCUCUCCAAUCCGUGGUCCAACAUUGGAUAGCCAAUUUCCAAAUUUAUGUUUUUCAAGCGCUAGAUUUUCCAGUGAUGGUGGGUUAUCAGAACUUUCUGCUGCAGCCAGAAUUCCAGGCCCUGAGAAGCAAAAGCCAGUUUCUAGCAAGCCAUCUUCACCUACAAAUCUUCUGCAUUAUCAAGACUAA